AUGAAAAAUGAACUAAUAGAUGAAGCUCCUACUGGAACUCUAGGACUGGCACAAGAAUCAGGAUGGAUGAACACAGAUGUGUUUGUAAAAUGGUUGAAACAUUUCCAAUCACACACGAAAGCAAGUAGAGACGACCCAGUUCUGCUAAUUUGUGAUGGUCAUGCAAGUCACAAAACCAUUGAAGCUUUGACAUAUGCUAAAGAAAAUGGCAUUAAUAUGCUGUGUCUACCUCCACACUGCACACAUCGAAUGCAGCCCUUGGAUGUUAGUAUUUACGGACCACUAAAGACGUUUUACAAUCAAGAAAUCUCUAAAUUGUUAAAGAAUCACCCAGGAUGCGUUGUUACCCAUUUACAAAUUGGAGGUUUGUUUGCUCAAGCAUAUGGAAAGGCUGCAACUGUACAAAAUGCAAGUAAUGGCUUUAAAAGCACAGGUUUAUGGCCAAUAAAUCCUGACAUUUUUCCAGACUACAUGUUUGAACCAGCUGAGACUACAAAUAUUCCGUUGGAUCAGGUCAACGAUGCAGAUACCGAACCUGAACCUGAAGCUGAACCUGUCUACGCGCGUUUAUCACCGGUUGAAAAUGAAAACCCUACUCCAACACAAGCUGAUUUGGACAACAUGAAUGUUUCUACUCCAGAACCCUUAGAAACAUAG